GUGUGUGUGUUGCCAUCAUGGCUCUGUGGAGGAGAAAGCUCCAGAUCUCCAGCAGGCGUAAGAGGAGAGCUCCUCCUGAGGCAGAGAAGACUGAAGUCUUGAGUGAUGAUCUGCUGCAGGUGGAGAAGCGUCUGGAGCUGGUCAAGCAGGUGUCUCACAGCACACACAAGAAGCUGAGUGCGUGUCUGCAGGGUCAGCAGUGUGUGGAGGUGGACAAACGCUCCGUACGCUCGCCUUCAAAGAAGCUUCCUCUGACGUCUCUGGCUCAGUGUCUGGUUGAAGGAGCUGCAGUUCUGGGUGAUGAUUCUCUGCUCGGUAAGAUGCUGAAGAUCUGUGGAGAAGCUCAAGACAGACUCGCUCAGGAGCUUCUGCUCUUCGAGCUGCAGAUCGAGCGGGACGUGGUGGAGCCGCUGUACACACUCUCUGAGGUUGAAAUCCCCAACAUUCAAAAGCAAAGAAAACAUUUAGCCAAACUGGUCCUGGACAUGGAUUCUGCUCGCACACGGUGGCAUCAGUCCUCCAAAUCCUCAACUCUGUCCAAUAAGGAAACGCCAACUGGGGCUAAAGCCGACGCCCUCAGGGAGGAGAUGGAGGAGGCGGCCAAUCGCAUGGAGAUCUGCAGAGAUCAGCUCUCUGCAGACAUGUACAGUUUCGUGGCCAAAGAAAUUGACUAUGCAAAUUACUUCCAGACGCUAAUAGAGGUUCAGGCGGAGUAUCACAGGAAGUCUCUGGAGCUCCUACAAAACGUUCUGCCACAGAUUAAAGCUCAACAAGAGUCGUGGGUGGAGAAGCCGUGUUACGGUAAACCUCUGGAGGAGCACCUGACUCUGAGCGGGAGGGAAAUCGCAUUCCCCAUUGAAGCGUGUGUGACCACGCUGCUGGACUGCGGCCUGCAGGAGGAGGGCUUGUUCCGAGUUGCUCCAUCUGCGUCGAAGCUGAAGAAGCUGAAGGCGUCUCUGGACUGCGGUGUGUUGGACUAUCAGGAAUAUUCUGCAGAUCCACACGCUAUCGCUGGUGCCCUGAAGUCAUACCUGCGGGAGCUGCCUGAACCUCUGCUGACCUUUGACCUUUAUGAGGACUGGAUUCAGGCAUCAAAUAUUGUGGAUCAGGACAAGCGUCUGCAGGCUUUGUUGUCAACGUGUGAAAGGCUGCCAGUGGCAAACAGCAACAACUUCAAGUAUUUAAUCAAAUUUCUUGCCAAGAUGAACGAGUAUCAGGAUUAUAAUAAAAUGACUCCAGGAAACAUUGCAAUCGUUCUGGGGCCGAACCUGCUGUGGGCGCAUGCUGAAGGGGAUAUUACAGAGAUGAUGACCACCGUCUCGCUACAGAUCGUCGGCAUCAUCGAGCCCAUCAUCCAGCACGCAGACUGGUUCUUCCCUGGAGAGAUUGAUUUUAACCUGACGGGGAACUACGGCAGCCCCGUGCACACAAAUCACAACGCAAACUACAACUCGAUGCCAUCGCCGGACAUGGAGCCGAGCGAGCGCAGACUGCAGGACCAGAGCCGCCGGCCGCUCAGCGUCGCCACCGAUAACAUGAUGCUGGAGUUCUACAAGAAAGACGGCAUUAGGAAAAUACAGAGUAUGGGAGUGCGAGUGAUGGACACCUCCUGGGUUUCUCGCAGAGGCUCAUCUUCGUCUCGUAAGAGCUCGUCGACUCCACCCUCUGUUCAUCCACCUGCGCCGCCCUAUGAUUCGCUGAAUCCUGACCAAUCAGCCGAUUUCUCCCCCUCCCCCUCUCAGACUCCGCCCCCCAUCAGCUGUGAUAGAACCAGGAAGGAGCCGUCGCCUGUAAUUGGCCAGAGGGGGAUUUCCCCAACAGCACCCCCUGCUGGACACAACCUGCUGUCAGACCAGAGUCCACACACACUGCGCAAAGUGUCCAAGAAGCUGGCCCCGAUCCCGCCGAAGGCAGCGUUGUGUGGGUGUGAGGUGUCCCCGUCUGCGUCUCCAGCCAGUCUGUCUCCCACUCCGCCCAGCACGCCGUCCUCAUACAGCUUCAGUUACUCUCAGAGCUGUGUGCUCACGUCUCCAGGACACACACACGCGCACACACCGCCUGCGCUGGCCUCUCCGCCGCCGCUGACCGGCACGCUGCCCAAAAACAGACCCACACCCAAACCCCCGCGACACCGACCCAGCCUCCCGCCGCCGCCCCAGCCGCCGGACGCACUGACCCCGGCAGAGAGCAUGUCCACAGCGGUGUGA